UCGUGUGGUUUUGCCAUGUUCUGUUCAGGAGUAUCAGGUUGGACAGCUUUACUCUGUUGCAGAAGCGAGUAAGAAUGAAACUGGUGGUGGAGAAGGAAUCGAAGUCUUGAAGAAUGAACCUUAUGAGAAGGAUGGAGAGAAGGGACAGUACACCCACAAAAUUUACCACCUGAAGAGCAAAGUUCCUGCAUUUGUAAGGAUGAUUGCUCCUGAGGGCUCCUUGGUGUUUCAUGAGAAAGCCUGGAAUGCUUACCCCUACUGUAGAACAAUUGUAACGAAUGAAUAUAUGAAAGAUGACUUCUUCAUCAAAAUUGAAACAUGGCACAAACCUGACUUAGGAACAUUAGAGAAUGUUCAUGGCUUAGAUCCAAACACGUGGAAAACUGUUGAAAUUGUCCACAUAGACAUUGCAGAUCGAAGUCAAGUCGAACCAGCAGACUACAAACCUGAUGAAGACCCUGCGUUAUUCCAUUCAGUCAAGACCAAGAGAGGCCCCCUGGGACCUAACUGGAAGAAGGAGCUGGCAAGCGCCCCUGACUGUCCUAAGAUGUGUGCCUAUAAGCUGGUGACCAUCAAGUUCAAGUGGUGGGGGCUGCAGAGCAAAGUGGAGAACUUCAUCCAGAAGCAAGAAAAGCGGAUAUUUACAAACUUACAUCGACAGCUCUUUUGUUGGAUUGACAAGUGGAUUGACCUGACAAUGGAAGACAUUAGGAGAAUGGAAGAUGAGACUCAGAAAGAACUAGAAACAAUGCGUAAGAAGGGUUCCGUCCGAGGCACGUCGGCCGCCGAUGCCUAGAUGAGUCCCCUGUAGGUCAGAGACAUUUUCAAACUGUCUACGGAGUCAAGGCCAAGUGAGGGGAACAAGUGCAGCAGGUGACGAGUGAAGAUGCAGCCAGUGUCUCUCAGUGUUGAUGUUUCCGGUGUGUGCCUGUGAUGACUCAAAUGUACAUGUGCGUGCUCUCACACACACAUACACACACACACAAACAUACACACACACACACAAACACACACGCACACACCCUGUGUGUGUAUGUGUGCACGUCUGUAGCUGUAUGUAAAGCACAUAUGGCUACAGGCCUAGAUACAAAAGUGUAUAUAUGUACAUGCAAAACAUGGAAGGGAUCAGUACAGUUUCUCCAAAGUGCUGUACCUAUCUUCAGCAAAAAUACUAAAGAAUAUUUUCCAUAUAUAUACCUGGAACAGAUUUUAAUAAUCAUCAUUGUGAUGCCCUUGGUGGAUAAAUGGACUGCCAUGUGGUGCCAUGUGGUGCCGGCUGGCGUGCUUCAUGAAUGCCAGGUGUGGACCAGUGUGUGUAGCCUUUGGUUAUGUUUCUGCUUUUUUCAAGUCGCCCCACAUUCACUUGUAAUUCAUCCCAUCAGCAACAGACUCCUACAGAAAGAUGUCUUCACAUUCUUAGAUACUACAGUGGAUCUGGAAAGUAAACUCUGGAUGUAUUUAUAACUAUUUAUUUCUGGGUGGCCACUAUCUUCCAGCCAAAUCCAACGAUAUCUGUCAAGUAAAGAGUAAAAUUAAAGCUCUUUGCUAGUUUGCCCUAGGGGUGGGGAAAUCCUUUUUUUAAAAUUGCCACUUUUUAUUGGAUUUUUUGUAUUUUGAAUUUCAAGUAUUUUUCUACAUCAAAUCUAGCAAAAAAACAGUGAUGACGGUUUGUGAUUUAUAAUAAACACUAGACAAUAUUCAGGCUCUGGUUAAGCAAACAAGGUGAUAAAAGAAGUACACCCUCACGGUAUUGUCGGUUGUGCAGAGGACUUCUGUGGAGUUUUGUUUCUGGAAUUCCAGUGUGGAGACUAUGCAGACCGUCUGUGUUGCUCUGAGCUUACAGGGUGGGAAAGUAGUGACAUUUAGCUCUUUUCCUGCUGCAGUCCAAGCCAGGGGGAAAUGCUGAUGGUGAGCUAGGAACAGUUUGAAUGUGGCACAGGGGCAGGCUAUCCAUCCUAAGACCCAGCUAGAUCCUGACCAUUGCUGCUGGCACUGCUUCCUCUUCUCCCACCUCUUCCUCUUUCUCCUCUUUUUUUUAAAGGAAGGAACAAUAGCUAGGUAAGAUUUUUUUUUUUUUUUUAAUUAACUUUUCUGUCUGAUGCUGUUUUCCCUUGUCAGUCCUGGAAGCCUAACCAGAAUCAUACUGUUGAAGCCUUCAGGUCACACACUGUCUUUUUAACCUCCACACACCCAAAACACAUCACCACAGAGUCCUCCAUUUCCCCCAGAACACAUCACCUCAUAGACCUCCACCCCCCCCACCCCCCGCAGAACAUAUCACACAUGCAUUCAGCCCAUUAGUAACCCCUUUGCUGACAGUCUUGCCCUUCAUGCUCCUCCUCCCAUGGGAGCAAUGACAGAGCUUCCCACUGUAUUGCAACAAUGCCCUGUCAUCCUCAGCAACAAACCCUGAGUUCCAUGUGUCCUCUCUAAACAUAAAUGGGCACUAUUGGGAGAUGGGUGUGGUCACAUUAGUGGAGAAGUCACCAGAAGGGUCACCGCCAACCCCAGGCACAGGAGAGCCCAGUCUCUCCCUCAAUGAAAGUAACUCACGGACAUCUGUAGUCUCCAUUGGGGGCUUGGGCACACAAGGAAAUGUGAGCCUGAUGUGGACUCUAAUGUUUUUCUAACAACUGUGGAGAUUGAGGGGAUGUGUGGUGAAUGUAAAAUUACCCCGUUGACUUGGCAGUCUCUUGUGUAAAUUACAGUAAAACAAAGUAAGUAAAAUUGAAACAAAAAUAAAUUUGAUCACAAAAUGCCA